AAAUAUCUUGAAUUUUUUGUUCUUGAAGUUUCUUCAUUUUCCUCUACUGAGAGGCUAAAACCUGUUCUCUCUCUCUGUGAUCUAAACGAGGAGCAUGGCUUUCUUCAUCAUCCUUUCUUUUCUCAUUUCUUCUUCUUUUGUUUUUUUCUUGGGAUAUUUAAUAUCAAUCUCCUAGUUACUUCUCCAUUCAACCAGGUCUGAAAGAUAUGGAUUCUAGUGGAUAUAUAGUUGAAGUUACAAGCCUGUCUCCGAAGGCGAUAGAGAAGGAUGUUAAUGACUUUUUUGCUUUCUGUGGGACGAUAGAACAUGUUGAAAUUGUCAGAGCUGGCGAAUAUGCCUGUACGGCCUACGUGACAUUCAAAGAUGCUUUUGCUAUGGAAACAGCAGUCUUGCUCAGUGGAGCUACAAUUGUGGAUCAACGCGUAUGCAUAACAAAAUGGGGACGCUAUGAAGAUGAGUUUGAUUUUUGGAAGCGGCCUUCAUAUAAUCUCGAAGACGAAACUGGUUCAACGUCCUCAGAAAGAAACCGAUCUGUUCCUUCUGCUGGAGAAGCAAUUUCAGUGGCUCAAGAUGUAGUGAAAACCAUGAUUUCGAAAGGAUACGUACUGGGCAAAGAUGCAUUGACCAAGGCCAAAUCUUUCGAUGAAUCUAAUCAAGUUUCAGUCACUGCAGCGGCCAAGGUAGCCGAGCUGAGCGAGAGAAUUGGCCUUGCGGAUAAGAUAUUUGCCGGGGUUGAAGCUGUUAGAUCCGCAGAUCAAAGAUACCACAUUUAUGAUACCACGAAAAUUGUUGCAUCAGCAGCGGGAAGAACAGCGGUGGCAGCUGCAAGCACUGUGGUCAGCAGCAGUUACUUCUCGAAGGGGGCUCUUUGGAUGUCCGACGCUCUUACUCGAGCAGCGAAAGCUGCAGCUGAUAUGGGUAGUCAUGAUGUUCAGAAGUGAAACGUUGGGUAAACUAGGAUACAUCUUGUACAUUAUGGUUGUAUAAUGUUUUUACAGGAGCGCGACAGCAUAGUUGAGUUAGAUUUAGUGCAAUGCCAAUCAUAAAUUUGUAGAUGUCCAAAUUUGGCUUGGCAACAUAUAACCAGAACUUUAAAAAAAUAAAAUAAAAAGACAUCUAAGAUUAUGGUUUCUAUAAUA